AUGGUGCUCCGAAAGAAUCCUCCGCCUGGAAUUAGUGUUCCGUCACGAACGAGAAACGGCUCAGACCCUCGUUCUCCUGUGUCGCGCAGCUCUGCAUCUCCCCGAUCAGCCACUCAACAAUCGUCUCGUAAAGAUAGCUGGGAGCUGGAUACAGACUCGAUAUAUUCACCGGACUUGCAUACGUCUCCUGCAUUUGACCUGAUGCCUCUAGAAGAAGCGCAGAAGUCCCCAGUGGCUGUUCAAAGCCCAUGGGAGGAUGAGCUGGUGGAACGGCCAACUGGGAUGACACAUGUGGCUGCGACCACGCAACCUGGAGCAGCAGCUGACCAGAUGUUUGGGAAUCCGGACGGAAUAAACUACCAACACACAGGCUUGAGCGUUCCGUCGGUUGACGAUCCUCAGAAACAGUUAAAUUUUGGAGAUUCGGUGUCUGGAACAUCCCCCCAGCGAUUUCGCUCUAACAAUCCUUUUCUCCGCUCCCGAAAUCCAAGUCCCAAUCCAUGGGACGAUGCCAGUCAGCAAGGACAGGUGUCGCUGCACCCAGGGCAUGGAGCAUCAAUAUCCAGUCUUCACCCAGAUGCUUCUGAAAGAAAUAGCCAGACUUCAGGUAUCAUCCCAAUGACUGCACGCUUGUCAAUAUUCGAUGAACCAGAGGAACCAUGGGGCUCAUCAAGCCAUCAAUCAAUCGCGCAAACACAGACAUCGCUAAGCUCCGAAUCAGCUCUACGUGUCUCUUCCGAAAAUGGGGGGUCAUCUCUUCCUGGAGACAGUGGCAUGUCAAAUCAAUAUCCGAUAAAUCAGGCUGCGCAAUAUUCGGGUUCGAACAAUCACUGGCAGGGAACGAUGUUGACGGGCGCUUCAAAUUCUAUCAACGGCUCAAAUGCGUCUGCAUCACAACCUAUUCCCCGAGCCCCGUCACCACAGCUCAUAGAUCUUGGUGAUACACCGACAAACACACAAGUCGAUCCUUGGUCUUCGGAAAAUCAAGCCCCUACGCCUCAUAAUGACCAAAAUAAAGAUCGGCCUAAAACUUUAAAUGCGCCUGCGUCUACGUCUGCGCCAUUGCCACCAAUGUCCGAAGCGGAGUUGAGGAGGUUUCAGGAGAAACAAGCAGAGACAUAUGCGAUUCGACAUGUAAACUGGAUCGACCACACGGGAAGUUUGCGCGAGUCUCCAGUGCUCGUGCAAAGUCAAAACGGGCCAUGCCCUUUACUUGCACUUGUCAAUGGACUCAUCAUGCGCUCUGACAGAAAUACCCAGCCGCCGAUUGUUAGAGCCCUACAAAUAAGAGAGCACAUUUCUCUCGGGCUACUUAUUCAGGCUUUAUUUGAUGAGUUGGUCACAUACUCAAACGACGAGCUUCCUGAUAUUGAAGCUCUAAGCCGGUUUCUAACCAUGCUACACACCGGAAUGAAUGUGAACCCUCGUCUUACACUAGAAUCUUCAGCGGCAGUCGGAUCAUUCUCCGAAACUAAGGAUCUUCUAUUAUAUGACUCCUUCAAAGUCCCCUUGAUUCAUGGGUGGAUAGCCGCACCAACAAGUGAAGCCCAUGACUCCAUGGCCCGAGUCGCCGAGUACUAUGAAGACAUGCAAUUAUUACAUUUCCGCAAAGAAGAGCUCGAAGACCGUGUCAUCCGCAACGGCUCCACAUUAUCUCCUGUUGAAGAGCGUCUUAUGGGUGAUAUUCAGAAAAUUAUUCACUUUGUCAGCGUCGAAAACGCAACGCAGUUGACUGCGUUCGGAUUAACGCAUUUGGGCAGGACACUUUCACCAGGCUCGGUGUCGAUCCUUUUCCGCAAUGAUCAUUUCUCGACUCUCUAUAAACAUCCUCAGUCGGGUCAACUAUUCACCUUAAUCACGGACGCCGGAUACGCUGACCAUCCUGAAGUCGUCUGGGAAUCACUUGUCGAUGUAACCGGUUCCAAUGCAGAAUUCUAUGCAGGCGACUUCCGACCAGUCGGCCAUGGCCCCUCUGGCUCGGGUCCUGCUGUAUCAUCUCAUUUAGUUGCAGAACGAACAUCAAGUCGAAAUAAUGCCACGACUACGUCCAGUACUACAUCGUCGCAGAAAAAUACCGAACAGGAAGAUGCAGACUAUGCAUAUGCACUUUCACUUCAGUUUCAAGAAGAAGCGCGACAACAGCAGCAACAACAACGACAGCAACGUGGUCGGUCUUCCUCAAGUCGAUUACCUAGCUCUAGUUCUGCGGGCAACAACACGGCACUGCGAUAUAGCCAGUCUACCGCCUCUGGCUCAUUGAAUAGACACCACACUCCAUCCGCGUCUCUGCCUUCAAUUCAAAUCCCCAAUCGAAGCAAUGAAAACCACGUCAGCAACAACGACUUCAGCAACAUACCCCAAGAUGCACCCGUAGACGGUAAUGCCAACGACGAUAUAGCAGACGAUGCACCUCCCCCUUCCUACGAGCAAGUAGCUCGCAACAAGGCCGCUGAAUCCCUGAAUCGGCAGCAACAACAAUCCCGACAACAGCAGCAGCAGCAGCGGCGGCAACAAUUAUCUUAUACCUCCUCUUCUGCUUCGUUACCACAUACGGAAUACGGUCGACGAAGCCAAUAUCCCGGUGCAGCCGUGGCUGCAACUGGUCGAAGACAACCACUGCAAACCUUACCGGACAGAGAACCACGGAGUCCAAGGGAUAAAGAUUGCAUUGUGAUGUAG